UACGAAUGACAUUGGAUGGAGAGAGAGUUGUUCCUAGAUGAAAAUGAGAAUUCCGCUCCUUCCAAACUCCAUACAAAUAUGCUUGCCAUAUCUGUAGUACAACCAGUUUGAGAAGUCCAUCCCGGGGGAAGACAGACAACCAGUCAAUAACACUUUGCCAACUAGUAGGAGCAUUUGAAACACCCAAGUGAACCAAAGACGUUCUCCAAACCUCGGCUGAGAAAAUGCAUUCGAAAAACAAAUGAUCUCUGGAUUCUUGCUGUAAACCACAGAGAAAAAGAGUACCUUCAACAUCUAGACUCCACGAUAGUAGCUUGUCCAUAGUGGUGUUUCAGUUUAACAUGAAAAGCCAUGAAGCAUUAUGAUUGACUCCCUACAAGGGAGAGAUUAGUAAAAGUUGGGGUAUGCAAGUGACACUAAGCUGUUGCUUGUGUAAUUCUUUGGUUGAAAACACAGACCAUGUCUUCCUGAGAUGUAAAUGGACAGAGGAACUUUGGGGCAUGGUGCUGCACAGAUUGGGGAUAAGGCAGAUAGCUUUUCACACAUGGAGGGCGUUUUCGGAAUGGCUUAAUAUGAGGAACUCACACUCCUCUAGGCUCCUCAAACGCCUUGUGUCUCCCAACAACAGUCUGGACAGAGAGGAACAGAAGGUUUCACGACGGCAGCAACACCUGUCCAGCUCAAGUCUUGAAGAUAAUAGACCGCCAAGUCCGAGAUAUCAUCCUGGGUCAUCGGCACCAACAGAAAUUCAGCGACCUUAAUGCAAGAUUGGCUCGCUUUUGCCUAGACCUUACCUUGUUUUUAUUAUUUUUGCCAAGGCUAAUUCUAGAACGUAUUAAAAGUUAAAACCUAUUGCAUCUUUACAAUCCCGCUUAAUUAAUAUGAAAAUUCACAUUGUGGCAAAAAAAAAGGGAAGAUCACAAGUCGUAAGAGUUAGGCAAUCCUCGGUGUCAGUAAAAAGAGUUUCUCACGACACCGUAACCCUCUGACAUUGGAUAGUACCUUGAAUUUGACAUCUUGGUAUAUAAGACUGUUAGUUAAGGGUUAAAAUAUUAACUGAUGCAUUUAAGCAUGUAUUUAUCUUGUAAGAAACGCACUCUUUUCUUGAAUAUUACAUGUCUGUGUGUAUAUAAAGUAAGUAGCUGAAUAACGAUACAACUCAUCAAAAAAAAGAAAAAGGAAAAUAAAUAAAAUAACAGAGAGAAAUCGAAGAUGAAUGCCAUGAAGUUUGUUGUCCUUUUGAUCUUUGUUGGAGUUGUGUGUGCCAAUGUUGGCGCAAGGAAGGUCGAAGAAGUGUCCAAAGAGACGAAGUUAGGCAUCUCUAUUCCCAACACUGUCACUACCAACGGCAUUGGAGCUGAGCUUGGCAGAGUUUAUGCUGUAACUGGUGCCGAUAAUUAUGAAAAUGCCAAUGCUCGUGCUGCUGCAGGUCCCGACGGUCCCAGCACAGAUACAUCUUCAACUGUCCAUAAAAGUACUAAUGGAUAUGUCGAUGCAGAAGGUCCCAACGCCAGUACUAAUACUUACAGUACCGCUUACGGUGCCACCGUGGCUAAUGCUGCAGCGGGUCCCAACGGUGCUGGGGGCAAUGGAGAGGCUUCCGGAAAUGCAUACAGCAGUGCUUCUGGCUCCACCACCAACUCCACCACCGACACUUGAGCGAUUGGUGAUCAUGCUCAAGUCUCCGCGUAUAUUAAAAAAUACUAUACAAACCCAACACAAUCUCUUUUGUAUUCAUAAAUAAAACUAGAGAUUGUCACUUUUAUUAAUUAUGACAUAAUGUACAUGCUCUCUACGUGUAAUGUCUAUUGUAUAUGACA